AUUAAAUUAUUAUUAAAAACUAGUUUAAUUAACUUGAAUAUGCGAGAAAUUCGCCGAUAUUUAUUUUGGAUUGGGUACGAUGGAUCGAAAUUUCCUGAAAUGGCAAAAGGAGGCACUGGUUUCGGAGUUAUGGAUCUUCUUAAUCAGACAAUCUCAACUUCUAUAUUCGGGUCUCGGUGCGAACAAACUCCAAAUUGCUCGGAUCGAUUAAAGUUUUCUCCGAGUAGUCGAACUGAUGCAAAAGUUCACGCAAUCAGAAAUUCAGUUAUUUGCCAAGUUCCCCUGGAAUACGCAGAACUCGAUAAAACUCCUGAAACAAAAAAAGCAUUCAUGACAUCCUGGAAAAAUACAAUUGAUGUUGCCAAUCCUGGAUCCUUGGAAAUUCACGAUGUUCACUCGGAGGACAUUAUCACUCAGAAGAGCUCCAUAUAGUCACUACAAAACGCGCUAAAGUGCACUCUUUCUGACUCCGCCUCUUCACACUUCUCUGCGCUUCUUCAUUCUGUUUGGAAGACGAAUCACCCAUGACAACACACGAAUUCUGAUUUUAUCACAUGUCUACUUUUCAGUUGAGCUGCGAAAAAGUACACGUAUCGUAUGGCAGUAUGUCGUUCUUGGGAACUUUGGGAAUCAAUUCGCCAGGAGCCAUCAAUAUCCUGCUUCUCAGAAAGAGACUAUGCUUGGCGAUUACCCCCGGGAUUUUCAGCACAUAAAGUUCUCCAGGCUGGAAAGCUUUUCGAGGGAGAACAAGUGAUGGGAUCGUUCUUCAAGCACACUGCUCGUGAAAAACGAUAUGAACCUAUCAGUCCCACAGCUCUGAAAUACAUUUUUCAUGUUGGAUUAUCAAAAGGAGAAGCUUAUUCAAUGGAAAACGAUAUUUAUGACUAUUACAAUGUCACAAUUGUCGCGAAAUCUUUUGUUCGGGAGCAGAUUCGUCGCAUGAUGUCUUGUCUGGUGAACUAUUCUUACGAUCGUAUACCUCUUACAACAAUAGAAUGGCUUUUAUCAAAUCCCAUCAGUUCUAAUUUCUUCGAUUUAGGUAUUCCUGUUGCUCCUCCACAGGGAUUAUUUCUCACAGACGUAGUGUAUGAUCCUCGAAUGUUUACAAAUCCCGAGCCUUAUUUUUUACACUCCUGGGAUUAUGAUUAGAAUUUUAAU